UCACCUACACUUUGACAGGGAACCAGUUCAUGCAAGGUUGUCGCCCUUCAGUUUAUUUCCAACACGUGUGGUUCAUAAACAUUGACUACUAAAUGAUAUGUCAGUCUUAAAAACAAGUUUUGCAGUGAGUCAGAAGCAUGAAGCUUUUUAUACAGGCGGAAAAAUACAGAGAAGUCAAAAUGGAGAACUUUUAUUUUGUGGGUGUGGAAACAAAGUGAAUGUUCUUGAUGUAACAACUGGGAAAGUAACAGACACAUUAGAGCAGGAGGAAGAUGAAGAAAUCACCUGUUAUUGUAUCACACCUGAUGACAAGUAUCUGAUUGUAGCAACAAGACAUUUAGUUCUUAGGCAGUGGUUAUGGAAGGAGAAAUCUAUAACAAGAACAUGGAAAGCAAUACAUACAUCUGCAGUGACAGCAAUGACUUUUGAUAAGACGUCUACAUUAUUAGCCACUGGAAGUUCUGAUUCAUCAAUUAAAUUAUGGGAUAUAGAAAGACAAUACUGUACACAUAAUCUUAGAGGUCACCAAGGGGUUGUCAGUGUUGUAGAAUUCCAUCCAAUUCAAGAAAAGCUCCAGAUAUUUUCUUCAGCCAAUGAUAACAAAGUAAGGGUCUGGGAUCUAGUUAAAAGUACCUGUAUAGCUGAAAUAGAGGCUCAUUUUAGUGUUGUUACCUCCCUUUGUUUCUCUAUUGAUGGGAAGACAUUAUACAGUGGUGGAAGAGACAAUAUACUGGCUGUAUGGGAUGUAGAAAAAUUACAAGUUACCAAAACUAUUCCUAUUUUAGAGAAUGUAGAAUCAGUGGUACUACUUCCAGAGAAUUCAGAAUACCCAAAUUUAAAUAUAACAGAAGAUGGACAUCAUAUUAUUACUUUUGGAAGUAAAGGAUCUAUGAAAAUAUGGAAUGUUAAAAAAUCAAAAUGUGUAUUUUCCAAAUUUAUGGGACUUGGAUUAAAGUCUGAGACAGAAACUGGUAGCCAGAUUAUAACACAAGCAUGGUUUACUGAAUCAGAACAAAACUUGACAGUUGUCGUGGCCGACCAUACUAUAUCAAUGUAUAAUAUAGAAAAUAUUGAAAUACAAAAACAGUUUUGUGGCUAUACAGAUGAGAUAUUAGAUUUGCAGUUCAUUGGUAAAGAUGACUCUCACCUAGUUGUGUGCACAAAUUCAGAAAAUUUAAAAGUUUACAAUGUGAAAACUUGGAGUUGCCAAAUAUUACAUGGUCAUACAGAUAUUGUACUGAGUGUAGCUGUCCACAAAGAUACAAAUAUGAUAGCCACUGCAUCUAAGGAUAACAGCAUAAGGAUGUGGAACCUUGACCCAGAAACAGGAAAAGUUCACUGUUGUGGUGAAGGUCAAGGUCACACAAGUUCUGUAGGGUCUAUCAACUUUUCUAGUUUAAGUGGAAAGUUUGUUGUGAGUGGUGGAGAAGACUGUACCAUUAAGAUGUGGGAUGUCAGUGAUGCUCAAUAUAAUCUACACUGUCGAGCUACAGAACGAGCACAUGACAAAGAUAUAAAUAGCAUUGCAGUAUCACCUAAUGAUAAAUAUAUAGUCACUGCUUCUCAGGAUAAAACUGCCAAGUUAUGGGUCAGUAAAGAUUUAUCCAUGAUUGGAGUAUUACGAGGCCACCGGAAGGGAAUUUGGUGUGUUCAGUUUUCACCUGUUGAUCAGUGUGCUGUUACCUCAUCAGCUGAUGGUACCAUCAAGAUUUGGUCAUUAUCUGACUUUACCUGUGUCAAGACUUUUGAAGGACAUGACAGUUCUGUUUUACGAGUGGUCUUUUUAACUAGAGGCAUGCAGUUAUUAUCAUGUGGUUCAGAUGGAUUAUUAAAAAUCUGGACAAUAAAAACAAAUGAGUGUGUAAAGACAUUUGAUGAGCACGAUGAUAAAGUUUGGGGGCUUGCUGUCAGUUCUGAUGAAAACCGUGUUAUCACUGGUGGUGCAGACUCAACCAUUCUGGAAUGGCAGGAUAUAACCCAGGAAGUAGAAGACACCACAAGGAAAGAACAAGAACAGUUUAUUAUCAGGGAACAGGAAUUGUCAAACUUGAUUCAGCAGAAGAAAUACCACAAAGCAAUUGCAUUGGCAAUAAAAUUAGAACAACCCUUCAGAGUUCUUACCAUUUUAAAAGAAAUAUUAGCUAGCCAGUCUGGAGUAGAAGACUUACAAGCUACUUUACAAAAAUUAAGACAGGACCAGUUGGAUGCUGUUUUGAGAUUUUGUGGCCAGUGGAAUACAAACAGUAAAAACUGCCAUGAAGCACAGUUUAUAUUGUCUAUAGUGUUGAAAUCUUACACAGCAGAAGAUCUUCUAAAGUUUCCUAAUAUGAAAUCAACAAUAGAAUCUUUAUUACCUUACACAGAGAGACAUUUCAACAGACUGACAAGACUACAACAACAAGCCAUGUUUGUGGAGUACACAUGGCAGUGUAUGAAAGGGAUCACUGAUAUAAACAGCAAUGAAGACAGAGUUGGACAAUUUGUUAUUGACAAAAAUCCAAAUAAUUCUGAUGAUGAUGAAGACAUGGAAAUGUCUGAUGAUGAUGAAGACAAAAUGAAACACAGUAAUAUGGUCAGUAAAAUGGAGGAAAACAGUAAACUUUCUUUGAAAAGACGAAAAAUAAGAAAGAAAAUAGACAGUCGUAAAAGAAUAAAACAAGCUGUCAACAAAAAGAAGAGGAAAUAAAGAUAUAUUUUAGUUACUA